GUUAGAAAUGUGAAAGGGGAAAAAUGCAUUGCAAUUUGUUGAGGUAUAAAGGAGAAUGCAAAAAAUUUGCUUCAAAUCAAUCGCAACAAGAUUUAUGGUCUUUCCCUUUUACCCUUUUUUUCUUCUCAUCUUCUACACAACAAACUCCCUAAUUCAGACCAAAUAUCUUCAUAAUUACGUUUCAUCAUCAAUUAAUUUGCAAAACAACCCAAAAUUAACUUAAAAACUCCUCAACCAUCUUCAUAAAUCUCUCCGAUUUCUUGCAUUUUCCGCCUCUUGAACUGGCAAUGUUGAAUCGAGCACACAGAAAGCAAACGGGGUUGUGAUAGCUGAGCAAACGAAAACCCUAAAAGCAUCCACAAUUAUGGAAGAACCUCAAGAAGUUCAUACUGAUGAGAUUAGAGCUCUUCCUGAGAAGAAACAGAAAAGAAUUGUCAAGACACCAGCUCAAGUUGCAGCACUAGAGAAUUUCUAUAAUGAACAUAAAUAUCCAACAGAGGGAAUGAAACAAGAACUUGCAGACUCAAUAGGAUUAACUGAGAAGCAAGUUUCAGGGUGGUUUUGUCACCGAAGAUUAAAAGACAAAAAAUCACCAAAUGAUGAAAUCCUGCCACCUGGCAAUGGCAAACAAGAUCGAUCAAGUGGUGUCAUACAGGAUCGUGGCAGUGGCCUACGACAAGAUUCCUGUGGAAGCACCAAACAAGGGGACAACAAACACUCUGAUCCUAAAGAAGUUGAAAGCAGAAGAUUCACAACUCAAAACAUUCUUCCAUUACAAAUUCAACAUAACAAUGUUAUCAUGGAUCAUCAUCAUCAUGAUGUUGAUCGUGUUGAUCAUGAUGGUAAUGAUGAUGAUGAUGAUGAUGAUGAUGAUGAUACGUCUUCUGGAAGCAGCUCCCCGUUGAAGGAUAGCUUCCACCCGCAAAAUGUCGUAGGGGCGAUAACGUCAAAAUACCCAAGUCAUGAUUUUAAAAGUGUGAGGGGGAGGGGUGGCCCAUCGGGGUAUUUAAAGGUGAAAGGUCAAGUUGAAAAUGCUGCAAUUACAGCUGUCAAGAGGCAAUUGGGCAGACAGUAUAGAGAGGAUGGCCCACCACUUGGUAUUGAAUUUGAGGCCCUUCCUCCUGGUGCUUUUGAGAAUCCGGUCAAAAUUCCGGUCAACCAAUCCUACUAUGUUGGUGACCGCAGUGCAAGUGCACUUCAUUCAUCGGAUGGUUCUAGAACAUUUCAACCUCCUAAUGCAAGCAAGAUGUAUGAAAGAUACAAUCCAAAGAGCUACAAUUCCAUGGAUUUGGAUAAUUCACCUUUAGACAUAAGACAUUCUCAAUCGAUGGAAGUAAAUGAUGAUUCUGCUGAAGAAACUUCAAUUCAUGACAUGCGGGACCACUUUGAGACAAGAAUAAAACAUGUUCAUGGUCAUGGUCCAGGUGUAAGGAGACAACAAGAUUCUGUAUCUGUAUCCAAUCGCCAUCUGAUUGGCUAUGGGAAAAACAUUAACCACAAUAUCAGACCUCCACCAAAAGUCAACUAUAGAGAUCGUGUUGAAUCUUUGACUUCUGAUUUGACUGUUAAACGUGGUGAAUUUCUUGAAUUGGAGGACAGGGGGAUGUCUAGGAAGAUACCUAAGGAUGAAGAAUUCGAUGGAGAAAGAAGAGGAAUAGAUGAAUACUCCAAAUUGGUUUCUGCAAGAAUUCAUCCGGGAAAUGAAAUGAAAGUUACUAAGAGAAGUAGGGAAGAGUUUCUACAUCAAAUGUAUCCAAGGAAAGAGGCGGUGAUUGACAUGCCUCCAAGAACCAUCAUGACCAAAAGGCCGCCUCCUGCACAAAUGACGUCUAGUUUUAGUGACGAUGAAACCGCAGAAACCACUUCUUCAGCCGAUUAAGAAAAUUGACAAGAUUUUAUGUUGUGAAAGCAAAAUCUAGUUGUUUAAUAGUUCGAAUUGUAAGCAUGAUUCAUAACUUAAGGUUUUAAGUUGCAAACAUAUCUAUUGCAUUGCUUAACCUUUUCUUUCAAAGUUGUAUAUAUAAACAGUUUUUGUCAAAAUAUAUUUGAUGGAACAAGUCGAUUUGUGCUUAUCGUGCUUCAUUGUUAUGGACAAACAAAAUAUCACAAAACAGAACAAGAUGUACUGUGUUUGUAGACUGAGAGUGCGUUAGACAGAUGUUGAUGAG